CUCCUACCACCCACCCCCCUCCCCAGGUGGGACACGGCCGGGCAGGAGCGCUUCAAGUGCAUCGCCUCCACAUACUACCGGGGAGCACAAGCCAUCGUCAUCGUCUUUGAUGUCAAUGAUGUGGCAUCCCUGGACCACACACGGCAGUGGUUGGCAGACGCCUUGAAGGAGAACGAUCCCUCCAACGUCAUCCUCUUCCUGGUGGGCUCCAAGAAGGACCUGAGCACACCGGCACAGUACAGCCGGAUGGAGAAGGAUGCGCUCAAGGUGGCCCAGGAGAUGCAGGCAGAGUUCUGGGCUGUGUCCUCACUCACAGGAGAGAACGUGAGGGACUUCUUCUUCCGUGUGGCAGCACUGACCUUUGAGAGCAGUGUGUUGGCAGAGCUGGAGCGCGGCAGUGCCCGGCGGAUCGGUGAUGCCGUGCGCAUCGGCAGCACCGAGAGCGACCUGUACCUGUCAGCACCCCGCAAAAAGCCCAAAUGCUGCCAGUGAGCCCUGCGGUACCCCGCAUCUCCAUACCAAAGAGCAGCGGCCCUGGCGGGUGGGGGCAUCCCAUAGCUAUGCAAACCCCCCCAGAAGGGACACCCCCAGCCUUCAUUGUAAUAAAAUGUUUUUUUAUGCUUUUUAA